UUGAAGUGCUGACAGGCCGGGGCGUGCUCUCGCAGGCCAUGGCAGCGCUUGGCGGCUAUCGCUGCAUCGAAUGCAGUAGGGAAGCGGCGGAGCUGUACAGGGACUACCAGCGCGGGGUGCUCCGUAUCUCCAUCUGCAAAUCAUGCCAGAAACCUGUGGACAAAUACAUUGAGUAUGAUCCUGUUAUCAUCUUGAUUAAUGCUGUUUUAUGUAAAGCACAAGCAUAUAGGCACAUUCUUUUCAACACAAAGAUAAAUAUUCAUGGGAAGCUCUACGUAUUUUGUUUGCUCUGUGAAGCUUAUCUCAGGUGGUUGCAGCUACAGGAUUCAAGCCAAAAUACUGAUCCCGAUGACUUAAUCAGAUAUGCCAAGGAAUGGGAUUUUUAUAGAAUGUUUGGUAUAGCUUCUUUAGAACAAACUUCAUUUUUGGUUGGUAUUUUUAUUACCUUAUGGUGGAUGAGACCUGAGAUGCUGAAGACAAAAUCUGACUUCAUUUUACUUCUCAAAGCACUGCUACUAUCCAGCUAUGGAAAGCUUUUGCUAAUUCCAGCUGUUAUCUGGGAACAUGACUACACACCUUUGUGCCUUGCAUUUAUAAAAGUUUUUGUCUUGAUAUCAAACUCUCAAGCAAUUAGAGUUACACUGAACUUGAACCGAAUGCUCCCUUGGUUGGCGAUCUUCUUUGGAUUAAUUCUGGAAAAUGGUGUGGUCUGUUUGUUCCAGAGAAUGGGAUGGGAUGUUUGAAAUGUUAGUGCAGAUCUGAAGAAAUACCAACAUACAUGAUGACCAUUUUCUGCCAGCAGGCUCCAAAGGCAUAGUGAUAAAGAAGGCCAUAGGUAACAAAAACUUGCAUUACUGAUGAAUGUAGACACUUUUUGGGUGAGUUAAAAUGAGGAACUUCAGAAGUUUGGACGUUUAGUGUGGUAAGCCAUAAAACUUCAGCCUUACCUUGUUUAUUUUCUGAUUUUACAAUCUGAAUUUGUUCCUAUCCUAACAGCUUUGUAAAUCUGGCUGCAGGGGAAAAAAAAAAAGGUGCACUGGAAGCUCAGCACUGCUACCAAUCACUGCAUUCUUGCAGAAGGAGCAGGAUGAAUUGUUCACUUAAGAGGAAGGCAGAGAGUCUGUAGAGAAAUGUAAAAGCCAAGUUUGAUAUUUCCUCAAAAAAACAAAUUUUCAAAGACAGAAGUAAAUAUGUGCAGACAACUUACUCUGCCUGCCUUUUCUCUAGUAAAACUACAAUGGGAAACUGAGUUGUUACGUUUAUGUGACAGAUGAAAAUAAUAAAAUACCUAAGUUCUGGAGUAAUCUUCAGAAACUAGUUUUAACUGGUUUGAAAUUUUAUGUGAUGUCAUAAAUGCUGCUGCUUUGUUCUGGAAGUUGGAAAGAGUGAAAGGACACUAAUCUCCAGCAUACAAGGUUGUUUGGGAUACCACUUCUUCUGUCUUUAAUAUUAAACCACAUCCCUCACACGCAGGCCUUACCUGGCAGCAGGUUUAGCGGCAGCAAAAAGUGAAGUAUGAGGCUGCUCAGCAAUAGAGCAGUACUUGUUAAAAACAAACAACAAAACUCCCCAAAGACAUGAAAAAUCACAUAAAACCUAAUCAAACUGUAAUAGACCUAAAUUAAUGAAGAAACAUUCGUAGAGGUCUUGUACCUUUUUCCUCAGCAGGCAAAGAGGUCUAGAUGGCCCACAAAGUAACUGGCAGAAUUAGUUUUCCACAAGACAGUAAUUAGGACAUGAACCUACUUCUUUUGUAGAGACCAGUUUCCAUUGCAUUCCAUACAAAGUUUAAUAAUCCUGCUUCCAUUCCAGAAGUCUGUAAAGUCUGUAGGUAUUACUUCCAUUCUUCAUUUUCCUCAGAUGCAGUCUCCUCCUGUUUUGCAAAAUGCAUCAAAUAACAUUUUGCAAUAUUUUCAAUUUUAAACAGGUUUAGAGUAAGUCUAGGUUAUGACCACAGAAGACACCAGAUGUGUUUGUCUCAUGCAGUUGCCCAUACUACAGCAAGCUAUUGAUCAGAAAAGCAAAUUGUUGCUGAUUCUGUUUUCAUAGGUCAGAGGCUGACACCACUCGUGCCAUUUGUUCUACACUUCUUUCUGAGCAUGUAGAGAAGGCAAAAUAAUCCCAAAUUGCAACCUCUUAAAUUGGGACAGGUGAGCACUGCAGCUGCCCCAAACAGGCACAUAACUUGGAAGAUGUAUGAGGAAUCCACCUCGCUACUAAUAUGUAUCAGUGGCCAAAUGAGUGUGGGCGUGCAGCCGCUCAUUGGGUGAGCAGUAGCUUUGGCAGCAUGGUGCCUAGAGCGUGCCUUGCUUUUCAUAGUGUGAUUUGGAGAGAGACUCUGCCCCCAAAGGCUCUUGUAAAAAUUUUAUGUUGCCAAAGGUGCUUUGAAUAGUGCUCGUAUUCCUCCCACAACACCAGCAUACAUCAUUGCACAGAGGCUGGAGGUUGAGAAAGGGACAAAGGGAAACAGCAACAGAUCAUUUAGAAAAGCUUCAAGAAUACUGAGAUGGCCUUGCUUCUAUUUUGCCUCCUUCACCUUACGUCUUAAGUUUAAGAGGGAAUGAAGUUCUACUGCAGCAGAGAAAAUGCUGGUGCCUGCUGAGCCAAACCCUGUUUGCUAUUGUAGUCAUCAUCUGGCUUUUACCCAGCUCUCUGUUCAUC